CAGCAGCUGCGCCUCUCAUGCCUUUCCUGACGCUGAGCGAAGCCUCCCAUACAGAUGAGCGCCUGGAAGCCACGCACCUCUUGACGUAGCUACAGACCGGUUGCGGUGCCACUCUGUCUCCGUAGCACGUAUUGCGCAACGUGACCGCUGCUCAACUGGCACCACGGCGGGCACAUCCGGCUCCCACCGUCGCCUGAAAUCGCCAAAAAGUGGUGUGGUGACGCCGAGACAACCGAAAGCAUCGCCGGGGAGCUGUGGAUAAACCAUCCGGCUGCUCCUGACCGGUCUGGACCCUCCCCUCCCCUUGCCUUUCUUUCUUUUCUUUUUUUCCUUUUUUUUUUGCCACCGGGAGAGAUGAGUCGAGCGCGCGGCAUCGGGGUGCAGUCGGGAUGUGACUAUGUGAGCGCGAGAGCCUCCACUGUAUACAGCAGCAGCUGGACUACUUUAAAGCGCAGAAGCUCGCAGUCACCGCAGCAGUAAGCAGCAGAAGCAGCAGCCGUGGAGAGAGCUAUGUUCGUGGGUAUCGAGUCGCAAUCCGCUUGUAGUCGAAAGAACCUGCGUGUCCCCGCGGGUCUUUGCUAAAGUCUACGGAAUCGGUGGAGCUCACCUACCUGCAGUGGAGGAGAGUUUUUUUUUUGUUCCAAGGCCAGGCUUUCUGCAGCCCCACUCCCCGCGCCUGCCUGCUUCUCCACGUCCUCCGUGGUGGUUGUGUCUCCGCGAGCGCUCCGCAUUUUUUGGGAUUGCGUGACACUUCCCAUUAAACCGACCGUUACCUGACUCUGUUCUCCUGCUGCGCCCAUACAUACCUUUACAGCGAACAGUUGGCGGAGGGAGGGGUGGGGGAGUCGGGGUCUAAAUCAGUCUUACGUGUGGAUCGGAGCGGUGCCCGUGUCUAUGCACCUCAGCCACACCGCCCCGGAAAGGACUUCUCGCUUUUGAGAGCUGGAUAUGCAGAGAUUAACGUGAAAAGGAUGGAUCUAACUAUCUGUGUUUUGGGGCUGUUGGCGCUCAUCGUGGACGGCAUCCGUUGUCAAGGAGUGUAUGCACCUCCUACGGUCCGCAUUAUACACUCGGGGCACGCCUGUAAUGUUGAAGAGGAGAGGCACACCGAGAGAGUCUACACCAUACGAGAAGGGGAGACCCUGGAGCUCACCUGUCUGGUGACAGGUCAUCCUCGACCGCAGAUACGGUGGACAAAGACAGCUGGUAGUGUGUCAGAUCGUUUCCAGGACUCCAGCGUCUUCAACGAAACGUUGCACAUCGCAAAGAUCCAGAGGACCCAGGGAGGCCGCUACUACUGCAAGGCUGAGAACGGCCUUGGAUCUCCUGCCAUCAAGUCCAUUAGGGUGGACGUCUACUACCUUGAUGACCCGGUGGUGACAGUGCACCAGAGUAUAGGAGAAGCUAAGGAACAGUUCUACUAUGAGAGGACUGUAUUCCUCCGCUGUGUGGCUAACUCCAACCCGCCUGUCCGCUACAGCUGGCAUCGUGGGAGAGAGGUCCUGACGCAAGGCUCAGACAAGGGUGUGGAGAUCUAUGAGCCAUUUUUCACACAGCAGGGGGAAACGAAGAUUCUGAAGCUGAAGAAUCUGCGUCCCCAAGACUACGCUAACUACAGCUGCAUCGCCUCUGUCAGAAAUGUGUGUGGGAUUCCUGACCGCAGUGUUAUCUUCAGACUUACCAAUAAGACAGCAUCCCCGUCCAUCAAACUGCUGGUAGAGGAUCCUAUUGUGGUGAAUCCAGGACAGACAGUAUCCUUGGUUUGCAUCACUACUGGAGGUGAGCCACCUCCCAUUCUCACCUGGGUCAGCAGUAAUGACAGCCUGCCACAAAGAAGUGUGGUGAAGGGCGGCACACUUACGCUUCCGGCCAUCACCUCAGAUGAGGCGGGGGUCUACAGCUGCGUGGCCAGCAACAAUGUGGGAAACCCUGCUAAGAAGUCCACUACCAUUGUAGUGCGAGCUUUGAAAAAGGGACGAUUCUGGAUCACUCCAGAUCCCUACCACAACGAUGACCACAUCCAGAUUGGACGGGAAGUAAAGAUAUCCUGUCAGGUGGAGGCAACACCUCCAGAGGAGCUGACAUUUAGCUGGCUGAAGAAUGGCCGUGCCCUGCGGAGCUCAGAGCGUAUGGUCAUCACCCAGACAGAUCCUGACAUCUCACCUGGAACCACCAACCUGGACAUCAUAGACCUGAAAUUCACUGAUUUCGGCACGUACACCUGCGUGGCUGCUCUGAAGGGAGGAGGCAUCCCGGAGAUCAGCAUCGAUGUCAACAUCUCAUCCACAACUGUCCCUCCUUUGUUUUUCUCUUUCUUAGUUCCCCCCAACCUGACAGUCCCACGGGGCAAGUCUCCCCUGGUGGCCCGCGAGGGUGACACAGUGGAGCUGGAGUGCCUUGUUUCAGGAAAGCCCAAGCCGAUCAUCCUGUGGUCGCGAGCGGAUAAGGAAGCGCCCAUGCCAGACGGCAGCAUGCAGAUGGAGAGCUACGACGGCGUGCUGCGUAUUGUUAAUGUGUCCAGGGAGAUGACGGGCUCGUACCGCUGCCAGACCAGCCAGUAUAAUGGGUUCAACGUGAAGCCCCGGGAGGCCAUAGUGGAGCUGAUUGUACAAUACCCUCCAACAGUGGAGCCUGUUUUCAUGGAGAUGCGUCAGGGUCUUGGAAGGCCCGUAGUGAUGACCUGCAGAGUGCUGCGAGCCCACCCCUCCCGUGUGUUGCGCUUCGAGUGGCUUCUCUCUAACCGGCUGCUCCACGCGGGAGCUUUUGACGCCCAGCGAGAUGAGACAGAGUACACCAUCCGCAGCCUAAAUCGUGAUGGCUGGGGCGAGUACACCUGUAAUGUCAUCAAUGAGGCUGGAGCAGGCAAAUGCACUUUCCAGGUUACAGGGAAAGCCUACCCCCCGGAGUUCUACUAUGAUACCUACAACCCUCUGUGGCAGAACAGGCCAAGGGUCUAUGGCUUCAAGCUACAGUGGACCCAGAUGAACCCAAAUGCUGUGGACCGUAUUGUUGCCUACAGACUAGGCAUCAGACAGAUGGGGCUCCAGCGCUGGUGGGAGCAGGAGAUCCCAGUGGAUGGAACAAUCAACAAAGGAGAGCUCAUGACGCAUAACCUGACUGAGCUGAUAAAGCCCGAGUCUUACGAGGUGCGCCUCACGCCCAUCACGCGUUUCGGCGAGGGGGACUCCGCCAUCCGUAUCGUCACCUACAGUGCUCCCAUCAACCCUCACCUGAGAGAGUUCCACUGCAGCUUUGAGGAGGAGCCCAUCUGCAUGUUCACCCAGGACAAGAAUGAUGAUUUUGACUGGACGCGACACAGUGCAGCCACCCGCGACACCAAGUAUACACCCAACACUGGCCCUAGUGGUGAUCACAGUGGCUCCAAGCAAGGUUUCUACAUGUACAUCGAGACGUCAAGACCGCGCAAGGAAGGAGACCAAGCACGGCUUAUAAGUCCAUUUUUCAACGUAGCACCUAAAAACCCUUACGGUAUCACCAAUCCACCUGCCUACUGCUUUGGCUUCUUCUACCACAUGUAUGGGAAACACAUAGGAACGCUAAAUGCAUUCCUAAAGCAAAAGGGUCAAACGGCUUCAGAAGGCCUCGUGUGGUCGCUAAGUGGCAAUCAAGGUGACCGCUGGAAGCAGGCCAAAGUAAGCAUCCACCCAACAUCGUCUUUCCAGGUCGUACUUCAAGGGAUUCGGGGACCAGGCAUUGAAGGAGACAUUGCUAUUGAUGAUAUCACGCUGGAGGAAGGGGAGUGUCGAGACCCGCCGCCCAAUCUCAGCGCCAAGGCUCUGUCCACAUCCUGCCAUAUAUGGCUGCUAUGUGUCACCUUGGUGCUGACCCUCCUGGAAGGUCAAAGGUGACCCAUUUCUCCAUCAUCUCAGAGGCGAAUAUUCAGAGCCGCCGUCUGUGAGCUGUACCCUCAACAUCCAAUCACCAAAGAUUCAUGCAUCCUGAAAGCAGCGGGGUCCCCCCAUGGACUGCAGACCACAGAAAGGCCGCAGUUAUUAAAUGAGCAAGAGAGAAAAAAUAA